AAGUUAUGCCGGCGCCCGGCAACUCCAGUCAACCUCCGGAGAAAAAGCUGCUUGGCUUCCUCCGCCACUUAUGAAGAAUAAAAAGGUUCCACGAGCUCCAGGGAGGGAUCUCUAUCGGAAGUUUCGCAUUCCGUCUUCAGCACUUCCUGUUUGGUAACUAAGAGCGCGGAACGGUUGCUAAGGCUCUGGUGGGAACGCCUCCGAGCUUUGCUGAGGUUGAGUCGGGUGCUGCUCACAGGCAAUACGAAGAAGCAGGGCAUUCUUCUGCUCCCUAUCUGGGGUCCACCAAUCGUUUGCCAUAAUGAGUAGCGAAUUCCUGGCGGAGUUGCACUGGGAGGAAGGGUUCGCCAUCCCGGUGGCGAAUGAGGAAAACAAGAUUCUGGAGGAUCAGUUGUCAAAGCUGCAAGAAGAAAGGUCAAGCUUGCAAGAUCAGCUACGUGACUAUGAAGAUCGAAUUAAUGCUAUGACUUCUCACUUUAAAAAUGUUAAGCAGGAGUUCUCGUUUACACAGUCUCUUUGCAAAGCCAGGGAGAAUGAGAUUGAAAGUGAAGAACAUUUUAAGGCUAUUGCUCAAAGAGAACUGGGACGAGUGAAGGAUGAAAUUCAACGACUAGAAAAUGAGAUGGCUUCAAUACAGGAAAAGAAAAGUGAAAAAGAGAAUAGCAUAUUUAAAGCUACUCAAAAAUUGGAUGGAUUGAAGUGUCAAAUGAACUGGGACCAGCAAGCACUGGAAGCUUGGUUAGAAGAAUCAGCUCAUAAAGACAGUGAUGCCCUCACUCUUCAGAAGUAUGCACAACAUGAUGAUAAUAAAAUUAGGGCACUGACACUACAGUUAGAAAGACUGACUUUGGAAUGUAAUCAGAGAAAAAAGUUACUUGAAAACGAACUGACAGAGACUCUAAGUGCGCAGUUAGAAUUGGAUAAGGCAGCACAAGAUUUUCGAAAGAUUCAUAAUGAAAGACAAGAACUCAUUAGACAAUGGGAGAACACAAUAGAACAGAUGCAGAAGAGGGAUCAAGACAUAGAUAACUGUGCCUUGGCAUUAUCAAGGAUAAAGCAGGAAAUAAGAGAAAAAGAAAGUUUGGUUAAAGAAAAGAUCAAGUUUUUGGAGAGUGAGAUUGGGAAUAAUGCAGAGUAUGAAAAAAGAAUUUCUGCUGCUGAUCGUAAGGUUUUAAAAUGUAGAAUGGACUAUCAGCAGCAUGAAACUAAUAGAAAUCAACUGAAGGAUGAGCUGGAGUGUUUAAAAGCCACAGUGAAUAGAAGUUCCAGUGAUUUACAAGCACUGAGGAAAAAUAUUUCCAAAUUAAAGAAGGACACUCAAGAAGAAACAUCAAGGUUAAAACAAAUUAAAUCUAAUAAUCAGAACAUAAGAAUAAAUUUAAAACAGAUAACUGAGAAAACCAUGUCUGUAGAAGAGAAAGCUACCAAUUUGGAAGAUAUGCUAAAGGAAGAGGAAAAGGAAGUAAAGGAAGUUGAAGUACAGUUGAACAUUGUGAAAGAUGUGCUAUUUAAGAAAGCUCAGGAAUUACAGAGUGAGGCAAUGAAAGAAAAAGCUCUUAUAUCAGAAAUUGAAGGCACCCGUUCCUCUCUAAAACAUCUCAACAAUCAGUUACAUAAACUGGAUUUUGAAACCUUGAAGCAGCAAGAAAUUAUGUACAAUCAGGAUUUUUACAUUCAACAAGUAGAAUGCCGAAUGUCACGGUUAAAGGGAGAAAUUAAUUCAGAAGAAAAAAAAAGCCUUGAAGCAAAAAUUGGUGAACUUAAAAAGACAUUGGAAGAGAAAAAAUCUACAUUUGGCCUUUUAGAAACACAGAUCAAGAAGCUUCAUAAUGAUCUUUACUUUACAAAGAAGUCAAACAGUAAAAAUUCUGAUGAAAAAGAAUCUCUCAAGACCAAAAUAAAUGAACUAAACCUUUUCAUUGAUAGUUCAGAGAAAGAAUUUAAUAAAAUGAAAGCUUUUAAACAGGAUUUGAUGAUAGAAGACAAUCUUCUAAAACUUGAAGUUAAGCGUACUCGAGAAAUGCUUCACAGUAAGGCAGAAGAAGUUCUUUCCUUGGAAAAAAGAAAGCAGCAAUUACACACAGCUAUGGAAGAACGCAUGGAAGAAAUUAAGGUUCACAAAACAAUGCUUGCAUCACAAAUAAGAUAUGUUGACCAAGAACGGCAAAACAUCAGUGCUGAGUUUCAUGAACGACUAAGUAAAAUUGAUAAAUUGAAGAAUAGAUAUGAAAUUCUUACUGUUGUUAUGCUGCCUCCUGAAGGAGAAGAGGAGAAAACACAGGCCUAUUAUGUAAUAAAGGCUGCUCAAGAAAAAGAAGAACUUCAAAGAGAAGGUGACAGCUUGGAUGCUAAGAUCAAUAAAGCUGAGAAAGAAAUCUACGCUCUAGAAAACACUUUGCAAGUGCUGAACAGCUGCAACAACAAUUACAAACAAUCUUUUAAAAAAGUGACUCCAUCUAGUGAUGAAUAUGAGCUAAAAAUCCAACUAGAAGAACAAAAAAGAGCUGCUGAUGAAAAACACAGAUACAAACAAAGACAAAUCAGAGAACUUCAAGAAGAUAUCCAGAGCAUGGAAAAUACCUUAGAAGUUAUAAAACAUUUAACAAAUAAUGCCAAAGAAAAAUUAUCAGAGAAGCAGGCUUUUUCAUUUCAACUAAGUAGAGAGACUGAGGAACAGAAGCCAAAAUUAGAGAGAGUAACUAAACAGUGUGCAAAACUCACCAAAGAAAUUCGUCUUUUGAAAAAAACUAAAGGUGAAACACUAGAAGAACAAGACAUUAAACUUCGGGAAGUGAAACAGUUUCACAAGAUCAUUGAUGAAAUGUUAGUUGACAUUACAGAAGAAAAUGCUGAGCUCUGUAUUAUCCUUCAAACAUACUUUCAACAGAAUGGUUUAGAACUACCUACAGCUAGUACUAAAGGCAGUCGUCAUCGUUCUAGAUCUUCUUCACAGACUUCACUGUUAUCAGCAAGGUCAUCUAGGAGUACAAGUACUUCUGCUUCUCAGACUUCGAUUAAAGUAUUAGAGCUGAACUUGCCAGACCCCUCUUCUGUAACAGGCAGCACUUCUAGGCCAGCUACAGCUAGUAGCAGCUCCAGUAAUGGUAAAAGCAAAAAAAGCAAUAACUAAACAUUUUAAUCUCUUUUGAACAAAUUGUAAAAACAAACAAAAACCACAUACUUUAAAAUAGUAAAUCCCACUCUAUGCAUUGUGGGGGGAGGAGCGUUUGAUGAUGAUAUAGGAGUCCAACUGAAAUAUUGUUAGAAAUACAAAAUGACCAGAAAGAAGUUCUAUCCAGUGGAAAAUGUAAAAAAAAAAAUAUAUAUAUAUAUAUAUAAAUAAAUAAAUAGCGUAAAAAAAAAAAAAAA